AGCGUAUCCUUGCGGCACCGAUUAGGUGCUUUUGUGAUGGCCAUGUUUGAUGCGCCGUCGCUGCCGAUUCAGGUGGCUUGCUCUGACACCAGCACCACGCUCCACGUGCCGCAGAUUGUUCUGAGGAACAUCCCGUUUUUCGAGUCGCAAUUGGAGCGCUGGAACUCCGGCGGACAGCUGAGGGUGGAGCUUCCCAGUGGGCUGGGCGUGGCAGAUCUGGAGCUUCUCUUACAGCAGGUGGUGUUUGGGCUUGAGCAGGCGAAGCCAAAGGACGCAGAGAGUGCGCUGCGCCUUUGUCAGCUGACCUCUAUGUUGAACUGCGAUGCUUCUAUGGUCUCGGCCUCUGUGAGCCAGCUUCGGAACCAUCUCAGGCGGACGCCACGCUGGCGUGUAGCUUUGCGGAGGCGCAUGCGGUGCCCCAAGAGCUGGGCAACCUUGCCAAGCGGUUGAAAACGUCGCGGCCAGACCUGGGCACGCUGCGGCAGAUGUACGCCAACGCAGUCCGAAGCGGCCAUGCAGGCAUGUUGAAGGCUGCCGUCCAGCACCUGAAGCACUGGUGCAAACAGGGCCCUAGAUACGUCCCGGAAGUUGCAGCGAUCUUGGGGGAAUCGCCCAAAAUGCCAAUUGCGCUUGAAUUCCUGGAAGCCCAUCCGGAUUAUUUUGCGCCGUUCUGCAAGAUCUUCUUUGAGUUCCGACCGAGAAGUUGGAGUAUUGCCAACAGUAUUGCACUCCACGCCACAGAUGUGGAGUAUUGCACCAAGUAUAUGCGGCUCGGAGUCAAGAAAUAUGCAGAAGGAAAGCUACAGAAACGCGACUUGCUCCGGUUUUUUGACCAGGCAAUAAAGCCGAGUUUAUACUUCGUAGGUCCCGCAAAGUCACAAUCUAUUCUUUUGAAUCGCGUCACCUCCUUGGCAGAAACCAUGUUGGAGUUAGAUGCAUCCACGCAAGCAGACAUCUGUGGCCUGAUUGUGCGAGCGCACUAUUGCGUUCCAUUGAUUGUGCAGCUGCUCAGCAACAAAGACCUCGCGCUUGUUGCCAAGAUCGUGAUAACGGACUACCUGACGGAGGCAGAUGAGGCUGUUCUGAAGAGUGUGGUGACGCCAGAUGUCCUUCAAGAGAUGGGCCCUUCACCCAUGAAGCUUCUGCACCGAGCGCAUGAUCUAUCUCAGGAAGCAGCCGAGGUGCUGCUUAGCGCAACACUUCCGACCGUUGAUGACGAC